GCCGCCAUCCCCCCGAAUAGAGAGCGCGAGAGCGAUGAUGCCUCGCCCUCGCAAGCGUAACAGAGUCGCGGAGGAAGAUGCCGGCGACAAGCCGGUGUACCUUGUGGUGGAGCACGAGGUCAAGGAGCCCUCCCACUCCAUCGUCAUUGCGGCCGGCACAACCACGCCGCCGGUGAUGGUCCCCCUGCGCUACGCCAAGCGCGGCAUGUCCUUCGCGGCGGUCGACUCCCGCUGGAUCGUCGGCGUCGGAGGGGACUACCGCUGUCCCUUCUCCAUCUACGACCUAACCACCUCCAAAGAGUCGGGAGGCCCCAGGCUCCUCAACAACAAGGUGUACCCCAUCCUCAUCCCGCACCGCGGCAUGCUCUACAUCCUCUCCAGCCGCCCCAAAGUCGAUAUGGGUGCCGAUUUCCUGCCCUGGUUCGAGAUGAUCAGCUUCAGGAACGGCAGCCUUCCUCAGUCCGGCGGCUGUGCUUCCUAUGAUCUCCCGCCGCCCCCCAUCUUCCCCUACUGCAUCAACCCGCUCGAGUACCUCAACCCGCCCGACGUCCGCGUCGCUGCGUACGCCGUCGUCGACUCCCACAUCCUCAUCUCCGUCUCCUAUCAGCAGCAGCAGCAGCAGCAGCAGCACGAGGAGAAGGGCACCUGCGCCUUCGACAUGGACAAACGAGUGUGGGAUAUGGUGCAUGACAAGAGCCUGCCUUUCGUCGGCCAAGCCAUACCCCUCGGCGAUAGCCUCUUCGUCGCCCGCUCCAAAGACAGUGCCGGCACUGCCGCGCUAUACACCAUGUAUCUAUUCCCGGCAAAGGAUACAUCCACUGGCAAGAAAGAGCUGUCCAUUGUUAAGCUGAAGCUGGACCCUCACAUUGUUCUAGGCCAGCAUCUCUGCGCCCCGGGGAUGGAUGGUUUCUCUUCCUUUCAUGUUCCAUCUCGUAAUCGCAGCCCAGAUGCAGUCUUGGAGAAAGCACGCGUUAUCCAGCACACAUACUCUUUGGUCAAGGGGGGUGAUAUUGAUCUUGAAUUGGUCAAGAAGCAGGCUUUUCAACUGCUUGAUCCAUCUUCCUUGUUCGCUCGCCCUGCACCGCUGGUUGCUGCUUUUACAAUGGAUUCAGAAUGAUGCUAUGCUGCAUCGCGCCGGAAGGAUCUUGCAUUCAUGACCACUUCUCCACAUCUUGGACUAGCUUAAAGCAGCCCUUCGUGUCCUAUCUUGUAUCAUUUUAUCUUAUUAGCUGUUGGUGGUAUCUUGUAUCAUUUUAUCUUAUUAGCUGUUGGUGGUGGCAGCGUGUGGACUGGAAAUAGUACCUAUGGUCAAAGUAUAUAUGGUUUAGGUUGUAUAAAUAGCUACAUAUUGGUUAAAUUAUGUAUGGUUAUGGUGUAGUAAGUACUAUCUAGUUUGUGAGCAAUGCAUUUUGAUUUUUUA